AAAGCUCCACCGGGGGCAAAAAAAAAAAAAAAAAAAAGCGGACGCCGCCUGCGCCUCGUGUUCCUCCACGUCGCUCCGCCGCUCCGCCCGCCUUGCUUGCGAGCCACAGCGACGGCUGGCCACGCGCGGCGUGUGCGUGCGUAGAGCGCGGGGGGGACGGAGGCACACGCUGGCCACCAGCUGCAGCUGCAGCGCAGCUCGCUCUCCUUGGCCAAUGAACGCUCGUUGCUGCCAGUAGCUCGUUGAUUCUCAGGAAUCCAGGAUGCCCCUAUGAAAUGCGUCCUUCACUGUGGAAAUGGAUCAGAGAAAUAUCACAUUUUGCUCUUAACAGCUUCCCAGGAAUAUGCAAUUCUUUUGGUUUUAAAAACAGACAAGAGUUAAGGAGCUGGCUGACAGAAGCAUAGUACCAUGGUAGAGAACGGUGUGCAGCUCACAUUGACCUCCACUGUCAAGACCAAUGGCAAGAUAAGAAUCAAUGGAGAAGUGCUAAACGGAUCACACCUCAAAGAGAAGCACGAAGCUGGCAGCAAUGGCGCCCUGCACCCAUCAAACGGGCAAGCAAAGCAGCCGCCGUCGCCGCCGCAGAAGCAGAAGCAGAAGCUGCUCUGCACGACGUGCGGCAAGGGGCACACGUGCCAGGCGGUGAUCGCCCGGACGCGGCAGAUGCGCGCCAUGAUCGACGCGAGGAGGCCGCACCAGGCGCACUCGGCGUUCCGCCACCUCGUCGACGACGGCCACCGCCCGUCGCUGGUGACGUACACCACGCUGCUCGCGGCGCUGACGAGCCAGCGGGCGUUCGACACCAUCCCGUGGCUGCUCGCCGAGGUGGAGGACGCCGGCCUCCGCCCGGACUCCAUCUUCUUCAACGCGCUCAUCAACGCCCUCGUCGAGGCCCGGCGGAUGGGCGAGGCGACGAACACCUUCCUCAGGAUGGGCCACUCCGGCUGCCGCCCCACGGCGAGCACGUUCAACACGCUGAUCAAGGGCUACGGCAUAGCCGGCCGCCCCGAGGAGUCGCAGCGGGUGUUCGACAUGAUGGCCUCCGGCGGCGCCGGCGGCGAGGCGGCGGUCAGGCCGAACCUGACGACGUACAACAUCCUCGUCAAGGCGUGGUGCGACGCCGGGAGGCUGGAGGAGGCGUGGCGGGUGGUGGCGAGGAUGCGCGCGUCGGGCGCCGACCCGGACGUCGUCACGUACAACACCCUCGCCAGCGCGUACGCCAAGAACGACGAGACGUGGCGCGCCGAGGAGCUCGUCGUGGAGAUGGCGCAGCAGGCAGGGCUCCGCACCAGCGAGCGCACCUGGGGCAUCAUCGUCGGCGGCUACUGCCGCGAGGGCCGCCUCGGCGAGGCGCUCCGCUGCGUCCGCCAGAUGAAGGACUCCGGCGUGCUCCCCAACGUCAUCGUCUUCAACACCCUGCUCAAGGGCUUCCUCGACGCCAACGACAUGGCCGCCGUCGACGACGUUCUUGGGCUGAUGGAGCAGUUCGGGAUCAAGCCGGACAUCGUGACCUACAGCCACCAGCUGAACGCGCUGAGCUCCAUGGGGCACAUGGCCAAGUGCAUGAAGGUGUUCGACAAAAUGAUCGAGGCCGGGAUCGAGCCGGACCCGCAGGUGUACAGCAUCCUCGCCAAGGGCUACGUGCGCGCGCAGCAGCCGGAGAAGGCGGAGGAGCUCCUGCGCCAGAUGGGCCGCCUCGGCGUCCGCCCCAACGUCGUCACCUUCACCACCGUCAUCAGCGGGUGGUGCAGCGUCGCCGACAUGGGCAACGCCGUGAGGGUCUACGCCGCCAUGCGCGACGCCGGCGUGCGCCCGAACCUCAGGACGUUCGAGACCCUCAUCUGGGGCUACAGCGAGCUGAAGCAGCCAUGGAAGGCCGAGGAGGUGCUCCAGAUGAUGCAGGACGCCGGCGUCCGCCCCAAGCAGACCACCUACUGCCUCGUCGCCGACGCGUGGAAGGCCGUCGGCCUCGUCGAGAACGCCAACCGCGCGCUCGGCUCCUCCUCCUCCUCCGGCGACCUCCUCGACGCCGACGACGACGAGGAGCCCUACUUCCCGGACAACCAUGGCGACGACAAGCUGCAGAGCUUCGAGAGAACCAAUGGCCAUGCCAAGAGUGACGCGUCACGAUCCAUGCAGGUGACAAGAGCUUCCAUGAGCUUGAAGACGGCGAGGUCGUCGUCGCCGUCGCUGUCGCUGCUCCGGCGAUCGUGCCGGCUUCCGGUGAGAUCCACGUGGCUUUGCAGGAAGCAGCUUCAGAUGCAGUGUGGAGUGUAUGGCCAGAGCAUCAGCUCACUGAAGAUGGUGUUCCUCAGUUAGAGGAGGCCAUCUUGUGUUGUUGCUCAGUAAAAAAGAAAAAUGUACACUGGCAAGAACCUGUCAAUUACAAUUCUUACUAUUUCUCAACACACAUUGGAUGAUUUCUGCUGUGCCAAGAACUCGCUUCAGAUGUCUCAAAAAUUUUGGAAGGAAGACUGGGAAAUAUGUUUAUGUAAGAUAGCAAAUGUAUGUUGAUCAUGGACAGCUUGUUUUCCAAAACACUGAUGAUAUAUGGUAUGUCUAGUUCAAUGAA